AAUACAAAAUGGGAUAUGGUAAAGCAAAGCUAGGUACAUGUUUCACGAUACUCGCAGUUCUUCUAGCAAUUUACUACAGAAGCUCUAGCGAUGUGCUCCAGAAAAAGCUAUACAAUGUUUUGAAGGCUUUGGAAAGAUUAGAAAGCAAGUAUAUGGUUAACCCCAGGCCAAAAGUUGCUAUUGGUUAUGGUAUUUGCACGGAUGUGUAUAUAGAGGCUGGAAAUCUUUUGAAGUAUUCUGAGAAUAUUGGCCAGCCACAGCACUUUGAUGAAAUAAGUACCAAAGAAGAACUUCUCAAGAGCUUUGCUUAUUAUUUUAGACAUGGAGCAGCUGCAGAACGCUUCAUGUCGAACAACACCCUAUUCGACGAUUUGGUUGCCAGCGCUCGCUCCUAUUCAUCAUCCUACUCUACAAUUGGGGGUAAUGCGGCUGUCAUGGCGAUGAGGCUCGUGCGAGAAGGUUGCGACGUAGUCCUUGCUGCAAGACUGACAACAUCAUUAUUGCAAAUGAUUCCCCAAGCUAUCACGGUCGUCGGGGGGGAAGUUGAAAGGGACGACAUACAUUUGAUAUUAGAAUAUAAGAGGGGAGAAACUUGGGGUCCCUAUACAAGUGCCCGAGCGAACAGGUACAUCGUACAUAAUGACAGACAUAAUCCGAAAAUGAGCGGACUCGAGGAGCUAGGCCAACUUCUUCCCGAAUUCAAACCAGAUCUUUUGAUAAUAAGCGGUCUUCAGAUGAUGGACAACUAUCCGUUUGGCGAAGGCGACCGAAUGAAAAGUCUUGAGAAAAUAAAGGAUCAGAUGCGCAGUCAGCGCCUAGCAACGAAAAUUCAUUUCGAAAUGGCCUCCUUUGCAGAGGAAAAUCUCAUGAUGGAUCUAAACAAAAUGGUGAUUCCUUACGCGGAUAGUCUCGGGAUGAACGAGCAGGAAAUCACGAAUCUGCACAACUCAUUGUAUUACGGCAACAUAUCGCUCGUAGCAAACUCCACGCCGCGAGUUGCCACUGUCCUAGAUCAAAUGCGAGAGCUCUUCAGACUUAUUAGGUCGAAGAGCGAGGGUGUCGAAGGAUCGAGAAUUCUGACAAGAAUUCACGUACACACACUCGCUUAUCAAGCUAUAUUAACCGUUAAAAAUUCAUCCUGGAAGAAUACCAUUGCAGCCGCUGCCAAAGCAUCGUUAACCGCACAUCGACAUGUCUGCAGCACUAAUAAUAUCGAUUUGCAAAAAGCGACACUUAUAAUGGACGAUAGCUUUACGACAUCGAUAAUUUCCGGCACCAGGAUCCCGUUGAAUGUGGAUAAGCCAGUCGCAUGCUGGAACGAAGUGCUGCACGUAGCCAGUAAGAGAAUCGACAUCGACCUUUGCGUCGCACCGGUACUAGUCUGCACAGAAGUGAGCCAAACGGCUGGUGGAGGUGAUAACGUAUCAAGCGCCGGACUAGUCCUUCAGAUUUAAGCACGAUAAAAAUUGUUAUUUUUACAUAUAUUAGAAUCGGCCAGUUCCUUUUCUCGUUAUUGUGAAUUCGAAUAUAUUAUGUUUUUAAUAUAUAGCGUAGGACCUUGUUUAAAUAUUUUUAAUUAUCCGGCAU